AUGCAGGACUCUAAGUUGGAUAUCACAAUAGGGCCAUAUGAAACUUACGAAGACAAACUUUUUGGAUAUAAGGCUACCUUUGAAGCAUAUAUUGGAAUCAGCGACGAUGAAGCAACAGCUCAAUUGAAACUUUUUGGUGAUAAUCUGCAGCUUCUGGAGCAAAAUCUUCCAAUGGAUAAUGCAUACAAAUCAAAAUAUGUGAAUGCAGCACCUAUACGUGUCAUCCAACUUCUAUAUAAUUCAGGGGAUGUCAAGGGACCACAAACUCUUGCUUUCAAUCUACCAAAUGAUGAGCGCAUUGUAAAAGACAGGGGAACAUCGAUGGUCAUGCUUAAGAAUGUUUCAGAGGCUAAGUUCAAUCAUAUUCUUUUACCUAUAGCCAGUGCCUGUGUUGCCGACGAACAACAAGAACUCGUAGAUUUUGAAUCGUUUUUUACUCAUACAAUUUGCCAUGAAUGCUGCCAUGGAAUUGGACCUCAUACAAUAACACUUCCAAAUGGCAAAGAGUCGACUGUGAGACUGGAAUUGCAAGAAUUUCACUCAGCUCUGGAAGAAGCAAAAGCUGAUAUUGUUGGCCUCUGGGCAUUGAGGUUCUUAAUCUCUCAGGACAUGCUUUCCGAAAGCUUAUUGAAGUCCAUGUAUGUUUCUUUUCUUGCUGGAUGCUUUCGCUCAGUACGUUUUGGCUUAGAGGAAGCUCACGGAAAAGGACAAGCAUUGCAGUUCAACUGGUUAUAUGAGAAAGGAGCCUUUGUCUUGUAUUCUGAAGAUACAUUUUCUGUUGAUUUUUCCAAGAUUGAAGGUGCAGUUGAAGGCCUGAGCAGGGAGAUACUCACCAUACAAGCCCAAGGUGAUAAAGAGGCUGCUGGCUUGUUUCUUAAGAAAUACGGUGUGAUGACAGAACCAUUGAAAGUUGCUCUGGAAAAGUUAGAGAAUAUUCAGGUACCUGUUGAUGUGUCUCCUACCUUCCCCUUUGCUGACAAAGUAUUGCAAUGA